AUGAACAAAAAAAAACCUACUACAAUUAUUAACAAUUCACAUGCUGAAGAAAAUAAUAAUAAUAAAAAGAAAACAUCAACACUUUCACGAUUUCGAACACAUCCUCGUGUUAUACAAAAUUUUGUUCUUAUUUGGUUAGAUCCAUAUAUGGAUCAAGGACUCGAUGAUGAAUGUCGUGAUAUUAUUAAACAAGUUCGAUCUAUUAUUAAUUCUAUUCAUAUAUUUAGUAAUCCGAAUCAAUGUGUAAAAUUUUUAGAUGAAAUUAAAUAUGAAAAAGUUUUUAUGAUUAUAUCCGGUGUUCUUGGUCAAUGUACAAUCCCACAUAUUCAUCAUAUGACAAAAAUUGAUUCAAUUUAUAUAUUUUGUGGUGUCAAAGCACAACAUGAUCCAUGGGCAAAAACUUGGAAAAAAAUAAAAGGUGUUUUCACACAAAUUGCACCAAUGUGUGCAUUAUUAAAACAAGAUAUACAAAAAUGUGAACAAAAUAUUGUUUCACUUAGUUUUGUUGCACCGACUGAUGCAUCCGAACAAAAUCUCGAUCAACUUGAUCAAUCAUUUAUGUAUACGCAAAUACUUAAAGAAAUUUUACUUGAAAUUAAAUAUGAUGAUCAAUCUGUUAAAGAAUUUGUUUCAUAUUGUCAAAAUCAAUAUGUUAAUAAUUCAAUUGAAUUAAAUUUUCUUGAAGUAUUUGAAAAAGAUUAUUAUAAACAUUCACCUAUCUAUUGGUAUACACAUCCUGGUUGUAUUUAUUCCGUGCUUAAUCGAGCAUUACGCACUCAUGAGGUUGAUACAAUUAUUAAAAUGCGAUUUUUUAUACAUGAUUUAUAUGAAGAAAUCAAUAAACUUUAUAUAAAACAGACAACAGGGCAAGAAAAACAUUCAUUUAUUGUUUAUCGUGGACAAGGUUUAUCUAAAGAAGAUUUUGAAAAAUUAUUACGUGCAAAAGGUGGUCUCAUGUCUUUUAAUAAUUUUUUAUCAACAAGUAAAAAACGUGAAGUAUCAUUAGAAUUUUCAGAAGAUGCUUUAAAUAAUACUGAGUUAAUUGGUGUUUUAUUUAAAAUGGUUAUUGAUCAAUCGGAAUUAGCAACACCCUAUGCACUUAUUAAUGAAGUUGAAUCUUAUUUUAAAAAUGAAGAAGAAAUACUUUUUUCGAUGCAUACUGUUUUUCGUAUUGGUGAAAUCAAACAAAUUCAAAAAAAUAAUAGACUUUAUCAAGUAAUACUUACAUUAACGAAUAGUAAAAAUAAACAACUUAGUGCACUUACAGAAUUACUUCGUGAAGAAACGAAUGGUUCGACAGGAUGGCAUCGAUUAGGUAUGCUAUUAAUAAAAUUAGGUAAAUUUGAUAAAGCUGAACAAGUCUAUCGAACAUUAUUCGAUCAAACAAAUGAUAAAAAUGAAAAAGCAUUACUUUUUCAUCAACUUGGAUUAGUUAAACGUAAUCAAGGUGAUUAUAAUGAAUCACUUUCAUUAUAUAAACAAACACUUGAGAUUUAUCAGGAAAUUCAACCAUCCGAUGAUCUUAAUUUAGCUACUACAUAUAAUAAUAUUGGUCAAGUACAAAAUAAUAUGGGUAAUUAUGAUGAAGCACUUUCCUGUUAUGGAAAAUCACUUGAAAUUUAUCAAAAAAUUCUACCUGAAGAUCAUCCAUCAUUGGCAACAUCGUAUAAUAAUAUUGGUUUAGUAUAUAAAAAUAUGGGUGAUUAUCGUCAAGCAUUUUCAUCACAUGAAAAAGCUCUUGAAAUUGAACAAAAAAUUCUUCCUUCAAAUCAUCCUUCAUUAGCUACUUCAUAUAAAAAUAUCGGUUUAGUAUAUAAAUGUAUGGGUGAAUAUUCUAAAGCAUUAUCAUCGCAUGAAAAAGCACUAGACAUUGAACAAAAAACUCUUCCUUUAAAUCAUCCAUCGUUGGCUAUUUCAUAUAAUAAUAUUGGUUUACUUCAUGAUAAUAUGGGAGAAUAUUCCAAAGCUCUUUCAUUCUAUGAACAAACACUUGAAAUUUAUCAAAAAAUUCUUCCAUCAAAUCAUCCAGAUUUUGCCAUGUGUCUCAAUAAUAUUGGUUCUGUAUAUAAAAAAAUGGGUGAAUAUGCCAAAGCACUUUCAUUUUAUGAGAAAACUUUAGAUAUUGAAAAUAAAUCACUUCUACCAAAUCAUCCUUCAUUAACUAUUUCCUAUAGUAAUAUUGGUAUGGUAUAUGAUAAUAUGGGACAAUAUCCAAAAGCACUUUCUUCAUAUGAAAAAGCGCUUGAAAUUUGUCAAAAAUCACUUUCGUCAGAACAUCCUAUGCUUGCAAUUUUAUAUAAUAAUAUUGGUUCUGUACAUGAUAAUAUGGGCGAUUAUAAGACUGCACUGACAUAUUAUAAAAAAUCACUUGAAAUCGAACAAAAAAUUCUUCCUUCUAAUCAUCCUGAUUUGGCUACUUCAUAUAAUAAUAUUGGAUUAAUACAUGAUAAUUUAGGAGAAUAUUUACAAGCACUUUCAUUUCAUGAAAAAGCACUUGAAAUCUAUGAAAAAACUCUUCCAGCUAAUCAUCCUGAUCUUGCGAAUUCAUAUAAUAAUAUUGGUUUAACUUAUCAAAAAAUGCAAGAAUAUUUGAUAGCACUUUCGUUCUAUGAAAAAGCACUUGAAAUUCGUGAAAAAACUCUACCAUCAAACCAUCGUGAUUUAAUUAUAAGUUAUGCCAAUAUUAGUCAACUAUAUCAAAUUAUAGGUGAACAUGCAAAAGCACUGUCAUUCUAUGAAAAAUUUGUUCAUGCACAAAAACAAACGCUUUCUAAAGAUCAUUCAAAUUUAACAAAAGUUUACACGAAUAUUGAUCAAAUUUAUGAUAACAAACGAGAAUCAACGAAAACAUCUACAUCAACUAAUCAUGUUAUUAUAGCUGCACCUAUGUUCUUUGGUGAAAAACCAUUUCGUUUAACAAAUUUUCGACAAAAAUUAGAAAAAAUUAGAAAGAAAAUGUAA